AUGGCUCAGCAGCAGGCACUGAGAUUUCGUGGCCCAGCUCCCCCGCCAAAUGCAGUCAUGAGAGGCCCACCGCCUCUCAUGCGACCACCUCCACCUUUUGGUAUGAUGCGAGGUCCUCCCCCACCACCUCGCCCCCCUUUCGGACGUCCUCCAUUUGACCCGAACAUGCCUCCGAUGCCUCCUCCGGGAGGGAUUCCUCCGCCCAUGGGACCUCCGCAUUUACAGAGACCACCAUUUAUGCCUCCUCCCAUGGGUAGCAUGCCACCACCUCCUGGUAUGAUGUUCCCUUUUUUUUCACCUGUCUCUGCCCCAGGGACACCAGCCAUGCCCCCAGCUGAAGAGAUAUGGGUAGAAAACAAGACUCCAGAUGGCAAGGUGUAUUUCUAUAAUGCACGUACACGUGAGUCAGCGUGGACUAAGCCAGACGGGGUCAAAGUUAUCCAGCAGUCGGAGCUGACGCCAAUGCUGGCUGCGCAAGCCCAGGCACAAGCAGUAGGUGCCUCCACACCGACCACCAGUAGUCCUGCAUCUGCAGCGUCUCCAUCCACAUCCUCGACUACUCAGUCCUCCACAACCUCUACCACAACCACAGCCACUUCGGUUUCACAGACAAUUUCCACACCUACCACACAAGACCAGACCCCGAGUUCGGGUGUUUCAGUUGCCACACCAUCAGUCAGUGUUUCAACCUCUGCUCCUUCUGCUACACCUGUGCAGACUGUACCCCAGCCAGUCCCACAGACAUUGCCUCCUGCAGUUCCUCAUGCAGUACCUCAACCAACUGCAGCAAUUCCUGCUUUUCCACCAGUAAUGGUACCUCCAUUUCGUGUCCCCCUUCCUGGCAUGCCUAUUCCACUUCCAGGUGUAGCAAUGAUGCAAAUAGUCAGCUGCCCGUAUGUAAAGACAGUCGCUACCACCAAGACCGGUGUCUUGCCAGGCAUGGCCCCUCCCAUCGUUCCUAUGAUCCAUCCUCAGGUUGCUAUUGCAGCUUCACCUGCAACACUGUCUGGAGCCACAGCAGUCUCCGAGUGGACAGAGUACAAAACUGCAGAUGGAAAGACUUACUAUUAUAACAACAGGACUUUGGAGUCAACGUGGGAAAAACCCCAAGAACUGAAAGAAAAAGAAAAAAUGGAAGAGAAGCUUAAAGAGCCAAUUAAAGAACCUACGGAGGAGCCUUUACCAAUGGAGACAGAAGAAGAAGAGCCAAAAGAAGAACCUAUAAAAGAACUUAUAAAGGAGGAGCCAAAAGAGGAAGAAAUGACUGAAGAAGAAAAAGCAGCUCAGAAGGCCAAGCCGGUUGCAACCACUCCUAUUCCAGGAACCCCAUGGUGCGUGGUGUGGACUGGUGAUGAGCGUGUUUUCUUCUAUAACCCUACCACUCGUCUUUCUAUGUGGGACCGACCAGAUGACCUAAUUGGAAGAGCUGAUGUGGACAAAAUAAUUCAAGAACCUCCUCACAAAAAAGGAAUGGAAGAAGGAAAAAAACUUAUUAGAGAAGAGCACGAAUCUACAGAGGACGCAAAUGAAGACGAGCCUAUUAAAAUUAAAAAGCGCAAGAAAGAUGAUAACAAAGAUAUUGAUUCAGAGAAGGAGGCUGCUAUGGAAGCUGAAAUUAAAGCCGCUCGAGAGAGAGCCAUUGUCCCUCUGGAGGCUCGGAUGAAACAGUUCAAGGACAUGCUUCUAGAAAGAGGGGUCUCUGCUUUUUCAACAUGGGAGAAAGAACUACACAAGAUAGUUUUCGAUCCUCGUUACUUACUUCUCAACCCGAAAGAAAGAAAACAGGUAUUUGAUCAGUAUGUGAAAACCCGAGCAGAAGAAGAACGCAAGGAGAAGAAAAACAAAAUCAUGCAGGCAAAGGAGGACUUCAAGAAAAUGAUGGAAGAAGCAAAGAUUAAUCCAAGAACUACUUUUAGUGAAUUUGCAGCCAAGCAUGCUAAAGACUCGAGAUUCAAGGCAAUUGAAAAGAUGAAAGAUCGAGAGGCCUUGUUUAAUGAGUUUAUCACAGCGGCAAGAAAGAAGGAAAAAGAAGAUUCGAAGACCAGGGGUGAGAAGAUCAAAAUGGACUUCUUUGAGCUACUGGCUAAUCACCACCUGGACAGUCAGUCUCGCUGGAGCAAAGUGAAGGACAAAGUAGAGACUGACCCCCGUUACAAAGCGGUGGAUAGCUCUUCACAGAGGGAAGACCUUUUCAAACAGUACAUAGAAAAAAUAGCUAAGAAUUUAGAUUCUGAAAAAGAAAAGGAGCUGGAAAGACAGGCUCGCAUUGAGGCAAGUUUGCGUGAGCGAGAAAGGGAAGUCCAGAAAGCUCGUUCGGAGCAAACCAAGGAAAUUGAUAGAGAACGUGAGCAGCACAAGCGGGAAGAAGCUAUACAGAACUUCAAAGCGCUUCUGUCUGACAUGGUGCGUUCUUCAGAUGUGUCGUGGUCUGAUACCAGAAGGACUCUACGCAAGGAUCAUCGAUGGGAAUCUGGCUCCUUGCUGGAAAGAGAAGAGAAGGAGAAGCUCUUUAACGAGCACAUUGAAGCACUUACCAAAAAGAAGAGGGAACACUUUAGGCAACUUCUGGAUGAAACUUCAGCAAUAACUUUAACAUCAACAUGGAAAGAAGUGAAAAAAAUUAUUAAAGAAGAUCCAAGGUGCAUUAAAUUUUCUUCGAGUGACAGGAAAAAACAAAGGGAGUUUGAGGAAUACAUUAGAGACAAAUACAUCACUGCCAAAGCUGACUUCCGAACACUAUUGAAAGAGACCAAAUUUAUAACGUACAGAUCCAAAAAGUUGAUCCAGGAGUCAGAUCAGCAUCUGAAGGAUGUAGAGAAGAUAUUACAAAAUGACAAGCGGUACCUGGUACUCGACUGCGUCCCAGAAGAGAGGCGCAAGCUCAUCGUGUCCUACGUGGAUGACCUGGACCGCCGGGGCCCACCGCCACCGCCCACCGCUUCAGAGCCCACCAGGCGAACAACGAAAUAGUUAGGAAAUGCUCUAAAGCCAAGGGUAUCUGUUAAAUCAAACAGCUUGCAUGAGCCAUCCGUCAGGUUUAUACAUAUACAUUACCGUGAAUAUAUUGCAAAACCAUCUGAGGAGCAGAGGAAUGAGCAGCAUUUGUGAACAUAAAAUGGUCUCUGGGU